AUCGGUGAAGUCUCAACACUAUUAGCAAGUGCUCGCCCAUGUGCUCGCGUUUAGUUUAUUAAAUAGCGGAUUUUAUUUGCUUAAAAUUAAAUAAAAUGGGCACUAAAAAAGUGAAAAUCAGCUCGGUCAAGCGUGCCGCUCAUUUGAAAUCAAAAAAGGCACCGCUAAGUAAACAGCAACAACAGAAAAUUAAACAAAAACGCGAACAACUAAGUUCUAAACGUGAACAUGGACAAAACAUCUUUUCACAAAAGGCCCAUAAGCGAGAUAAUCUAGCCCAGCGCAAGAAGCAAAAUAAACGGCAAUCACUAGGACUACAUAAUGAACUCGAUGUAGACGAGGAUGAUGAUGACAUUGGCGGAGAUCUACUGCUGGACAACAUUGCGGACAUGUUGGACGGCGAUGAUCUGGCACUACUGCAAGAAAACAAACGCAAACGCAAGACUAAGGCAGCUCCUGUGGAGGAACAACAGCAAUCGGUUGGUCUGGAAAUGGCCUACGCAACAGCUAGCAAAAAAGAGCAGGCAGCACAAAAGAUAAAGGUUAAUUUGUUGCCCAUUAAAUCUCGCGACGGCGAAAUUAUAACGCGCACCACAGAGGUUGAUUAUGUGCCGAGACAAAAACAUAAAGCAGAGGCAGAGGAGGAGUCCGAGGAGGAUGAUGAAGAGAAUGAGAACGAGGAAGACAGUGAUGAUAUAUUCGAGGACAGCGACGAUGAUGUAGUGAACGAUGAGGCACCCGUUCCCAAGCAAAAACUUGUGUCAACCACAGAUUUGUUAAUUGCCCGACAACAGGAAAUCGAGCGGCAAAAAUAUCGCAUAGGCAUAAUCUGCUCUGGCAUCUUAGAGAAGCCUGAGGAUAAGAUGCGCAAUUUUAAUGCGCUUUACGAGCUCAUGAACGAGGUUAACCCUGAAACUGGCAUUCCUAAUCUUCUCGCCGUGCGCAAAUUGGCGAUGAUAUCAGUUACUGAGAUAUUCAAGGAUAUUCUCCCAGAGUAUCGAGUGGGCCAGGUAGAUACCAAGAUGCAAACGGUGCGCAAAGCUACAUUAGAGCGUGUCACUUUUGAAAAUGCGCUGCUGCAACAAUUUAAGAAGUUCCUGCAGAAACUGGAACACCUAACGGCCCAGGUCAAUAAGCGGGGUGGUCACAAGACGCCACAAUCCAUUAAAAUGGCCUCGGUAGCCGUACAGUGCAUGUGCGACCUAUUAAUAUCGCAUCCCUACUUCAACUACGUCCAAAACAUAGCCCAACUCCUGGUCUAUAUGCUCAACUGCAACUAUGGAACAAUGCGCGUAGCCGUCAAUCAAUGUUUCCGCACGUUGUUCAGCAACGACAAAAAGCUAGAUAUGACGUUAUUUAUUGUACGUCGCAUCAAUCACUUGAUCAAGUCCAAGCAGAACAAUGUGCAUGUCGAGUGCAUUACAUGCAUGAUGGGGCUCAAAAUCAAGCACGUAAACCUGGAUGCAGAAAAGGAAAAUGAACUGAAACAAAAGAAACUGGAGUCCCAUCGUCAGCGCUUGCUGAGCUUGUCAAAAAAGGAGCGGAAGCGUCGCAAAAAACUCACCGAGGUUAACAAAGAGUUGGAGGAGACGCGAGCCGAGGAAAAUAAACAGACCAAGCACCACAAAUUGACGGAAAUUAUCAAAAUGGUGUUCACCAUAUAUUUCCGUGUACUCAAGAAUGAUCCCACGUCGCGGGUGCUUAGUGCAAUUUUAGAGGGUCUGGCUGAAUUCGCUCAUGUCAUAAAUCUAGAAUUCUUUGCCGAUCUCAUAGAUGUGCUAAAUCGCAUACUCGAAGAACAGGAUUUGGGUUAUCGCGAGCAGCUGCAUUGCAUUCAAACCAUAUUCGUUAUCUUGUCGGGUCAGGGUGAAGUCUUGAACAUAGAUCCCAUACGCUUUUAUCAGCAUUUCUAUCGCAAUAUGCUGGUCGUGCAGGCCGGCAAGAAUCAUGAUGAUUUCUCCAUUAUCCUUCGCACCCUGGAUGAAGUGCUGGUUAAACGGCGGCGCAACAUGAGCCAACAACGUCUGAUGGCCUUUGUUAAACGACUACUCACAGGCAGCCUACAUUUGCUGCACAAUGGCACUUUGGCCACGUUGGGCACUAUUAAGCAGACAUUCCAGCUGACCUCGGUACUGGAUGCGCUGCUCGAUACAGACACCACAAUUGGCUCGGGUCGUUAUGAUCCCGAAUUAGAUGAUCCUGAGUAUUGCAAUGCGGAGAGUACAUCGCUUUAUGAACUAUCGUUACUUGCUCGACAUUAUCAUCCCACAGUGCGUCGCAUGGCAUUGCAUAUAGCAAAUGGUGUGCCAGCAUCUGGCGAGGGUGCGCUGCCCACUGACAUCGGAAAACUCAAUGCCCAUGAACUUUUCGCACAGUACGACAGCACCCAAAUGGCUUUUAAUCCCACUAUACCGCUGCCAAAGCAGGGCGAACCCAAGCUAAAGCGGGGUCGGCAGAUGUAUUUACGUUCAGAUUUCAAGCAACAUUAUGCAAAAUUACUUAAGGAUGCGAGGACGAAGCGAACUAUGUCCAAGAAGGCUCUACAACUAGAUUUUCUAAGUGCUCUUAAUAGGCAAUGAUAGAAAGGACAACCUGUUUUAAGUUUAAAAAUCUUUUUUCUUAUAGAAUCCUCUGUAGUUACUAUUUAAAUAGUAUUCUUAUCUACACAAAUUCUUUUAAUACUAAAAUUGAACGAACUACAUUUCAAGUUCCACCAUUGUAAAUAUAUAACAUAC